UCAAAACGGGCACACUGUUUAACCUAGUUUUUUUUCUUAAUUAAAAGUUUUAGGACAUUACGUUUAGAUAAAUUGUAAAUUAAGUGAACUGACGAGAUUGCGCCACAGUAAUCCCCUUUAAGAUGCGACCAGUAUUUGCCUUUCUGCUGCUGGCGCUCCUCUGCUUUGCGAGCACAAGGUCGGAAAGUGAUUUCGAGGAAGACGACAGCGAUGAUUUUGCCGAAUUCGACGACGGCAACUUUUACGCAGAGCCCGCUGCCAAAAAUGCGGACUCCUUUUCGGGAGGAGCGGGUUCUAACCGCGGAGAAUCGCGGGAGGAUGCCCCUUCAAAGCCGGCUCAAAAUGUGGAGAGCGACGAGGAUGAUGGCCUCGUAGAGGACGACGAUGAGUUCGAGCACUUUCAGGACGAAGAAGAGUUCGAGGGAUACGACGGCGGGGACUCCAAGGACCCACCCAUCGACCAGAAGGCGGAGCCGAAGCUGAACAUCCCCAACAUCCCGCUGCAUUUCCGCACGCACUGGGACUCAUACUGGAUGGAGAUGCUCAUGGUCGCCGGCUUGCUGGCCUACUUUGCCAACUUCUUUGCUGGCAAGGCCAAGAACGCCCGCUUGGCGCAGCUGUGGUUCAGCACCCACAGAGCGCUGCUCGACGAGAACUUCGCAUUGGUCGGCGACGACGGCAAGGCGGAGAACGAGAACCCGGGGCUGAUCAAGGAGAGCGAGAGCCUGUACACCCUGUGGUGCUCCGGCAGGACCUGCUGCGAGGGCAUGCUCGUCGAGCUGAAGAUGAUCAAGCGGCAAGAUCUAGUGUCCCUGGUGGCGGGACUGAUGCGCCCCCAGCUGGACCAGGCCCACAUCAAGAUCGAACUCACACGCGGCGUAAUGGAUGCAUUCGUAUUUGCAGUCGGUACCAAAAAGACCAUCACCAAGGUCUUUAAGGAGUAUACGGAUCUCAGCAAGUUCUGUAGUCUAGUCGGCAAGCCGGAGGAUCGCUACAACGUGCCCACCGGCUUUGGCGUGCUCUCCGAAGUGCCGGAGGCCACGUCCGCCAUCCUGGAGUCGCGCGUCAUCGCUGCACUCAACAAGUACCAAAGCUAUAUCGAUUACCUGCACAUCUCGGACCAGUUCAGUGGCCCCAUCCAGCAGGAGGAGGGCGGCACCCUCAAGCAGCCCGAGACCAAGGCCGUGCUCCUCGCCGGCUUUAAUCUUCCGAAGCACGCCGAAAUGGAGACCAUUAAGCCGUUGUUAUUGUUGAUCUUUUAUUUAAUGGAGCGCCUUAAGACCUACCGCAUGUCCAAGGAGGGCAAAGCCAAGUCGGACAAGAACCGCCAGCGUGUCGAGGAGGAGUUCUUGAAGAGCACCCAUGCCGCGCGUGCCGAAGCUGCCGCUCAGCGUCGCGAGGACAAGCGCAAGCAGGAGAAGGAGCGCAUCCUCGCCGACGAGGAUCCGGAGAAGCAGCGGCGCUGGGAGGCCAAGGAGCAGAAGCGCCAGGCCAAGCGUAACGCGCCCAAGAUGAAGAGGCUGGCCGUCAAGUCCCUGUAGACUCGUCUCCAGUGUGCCAUUUGUUGCGAGGAGCGCUCCUCCUUAACGUACGCAAACCGACCAUUUGUAGCUGUUCCUCUUAAAUGCCAGAAUAAAGCAAUAUCUACUGUUUCCUAUGGAGCGCCAAAACAAAAA